CACUGGUUUAAAGCGAUUGGCGACACUGAUUACUGUCAACGUCAAGGACGUGUCAGCGAAUUAAAAAAUAUAAAAAUGUAUUGUACUGCGAAAAAUAAAAAAUUAUAUGCGUAUAUAAAAAAAGAGAACACAUAAAGGAAAUAUUUAUAAUUAAAUGUCUUCUAUAAUUUCAGUUUUAAGUGUAAAUCAUCUUUUGCCAGAACUGGAAAAAGUUUUGCCCGAUAAAAAGUUCCAUAAUGUAGAAAAUGCAGAAACAGACAAAAUAUUUAGAGAAUCAGAAAUAAUUAUAGCAGACAAUAAUUUAAUUGCACUCUAUCUUUACGAUUUACCCAAUAUAAAAUGGAUCCAAGGAACUUGGGCAGGCGUAGAAAGGAUAAUGAAAGUAGUUAGACCGGGAGAUCCACCAAAAUAUCCCAUUAGUAGAUUCACAGGAAAACAUUUUGGGGUACUUAUGAGUGAAUAUGUCAUUUCACAGAUAAUUAGUUAUGAAAGAUGUGCUUUUGAAAUGAGGGAAAAUCAAAAAUUAAAGAAAUGGAUUAAGUAUGAAAAACUGAGACAGUACAGAUCAUUUCCUGAACUGACAAUUGGAGUUUUAGGAGUUGGAAAUAUAGGGAAUAGAGUUGCAAAGACACUUAAUCUCAUGGGGGCAAAGAUUUUGGGUUAUGGAAGACAGCAAAAUUUUGAUUUGGAACAAAAUAAGCAUAUAUCAAAUUAUUUUACAAAAAGUAACCUUCCACAAAUGCUACAAAACUGUGAUUAUCUUGUCAAUAUUUUACCGAGUACACCCGAAACCGAAGGCCUUUUGAAUGGAGAAAUCUUAGAAAAUUGCAAAAGCAAAGGAACUGUUUUUAUAAAUGUCGGACGCGGUUCAAUUAUUUCUGAAGAAUCUCUAGUGACCGCUUUAAAAAGUAAAUGGAUUUCUGGUGCCAUUUUGGAUGUACUCGAAAAAGAACCCCUUCCAUCUUCCAGUGCCUUAUGGGAAUUACCAAAUGUAGUUAUUACUCCUCAUGUAUCUGCGGUUAGUCGUAAUCAAGAUGUCGCCGAACAAUUUAAGGAAAAUUUAACGUACUAUGAACAAAAGUUACCAAUUCCUGCAACAAUUAAUUUUUUUGCAGGAUAUUGAACCCAUUAAACUGUAGUUUCUGAUGAUUAAAUAAUAGGUACUAUUUUGUUAUCGUCUUUUUUCUUUCAUAUUAAUCCUAUGGUAAAUCAUUCUAUUCAUUAUGUUCUUUUAUUAUAUAUU